ACAGUCAUCUGCGGGGGAGAAUCCGCGACCACCAGGACUGUAGCCCCGCCCACAACCAUCACCCUAACCAAUCUCAGCGCCGAAUCUCCACACACCCCAUACUCGGCCAAUGGUCUGCCGUGUCGGUGUUAACCCCUGCAGUCCCGGUUAGGGAUGCUGCGCUUUUUUAUAAGUAAUAAUAUAAGUUCUCCCGGGCCAGGUAUACUGGUUGUAUACAGUGUCUGCACUUCCCGGUGUUAGUCAUUAGUAGUCGCGGCAGGCGCUGUACAGAAGUGACUCACGCUCACCUCUGAGGAGGAUGCUCGGGACGUGUCGGAGGGAGAGCAGGGGUUAAUAGGAUGACAGUGACGUCAGCGGGGGCUUGGCUGCCGGGCAUCAGUGAAUGAAGCACUUUGUAAAGAGAGACAGCGAGGAAAAAAGCCGGGUACUACCGAGGAGCACGGAGAUACCGCAGCGGUACCGCACCGGAGACACCGAGACAUGAUCGCUUCCCAUCUACUAGCAUACUUCUUCACCGAGCUCAACCAUGACCAAGUACAGAAGGUGGACAAGUACCUCUAUCACAUGCGCCUCUCUGAUGAGACACUCUUGGAGAUAUCAAACAGGUUUAGCAAGCAGAUGGAGAAAGGACUUGGGGCAGAAACCAACCCCACCGCCUGUGUGAAGAUGCUGCCCACAUUCGUACGGUCCACACCAGAUGGGACAGAAGAUGGAGAGUUCCUGGCUCUGGACUUGGGAGGAACAAAUUUUCGAGUCUUGAGGGUGAAAGUAUGUGAUAACGGAAUGAAAAAGGUGGAGAUGGAGAACCAGAUCUAUGCCAUCCCAGAAGACCUAAUGAGGGGCAGUGGAUCACAGCUCUUUGACCACAUUGCUGAAUGUCUGGCCAACUUCAUGGACAAGCUGCACAUCAAGGACAAGACUUUACCCUUAGGGUUCACUUUCUCCUUUCCUUGCUACCAGUCGAAACUGGACGAGAGCAUCUUGGUGAACUGGACUAAAGGAUUCCAUGCCUCCGGCGUGGAAGGAAGAGAUGUGGUUACUCUGUUAAGGAAAGCUAUUAAGAAACGUGGGGAUUUUGAUAUUGAUAUUGUUGCAGUAGUGAAUGACACAGUGGGCACAAUGAUGACCUGCGGAUAUGACGACCAUAACUGUGAGAUCGGACUUAUCGUUGGUACCGGUACAAAUGCCUGCUACAUGGAAGACCUGCGUCACAUAGACCUUAUAGAAGGGGAUGAGGGGCGCAUGUGUGUGAAUAUGGAGUGGGGAGCUUUUGGAGAUGACGGAUCUUUGAAUGACAUCAGAACUGAGUUUGAUCGAGAAAUUGACAUGGGGUCUUUAAACCCAGGAAAACAAAUGUUUGAAAAGAUGAUCAGCGGGAUGUAUAUGGGUGAGCUCGUCCGGCUCAUCCUAGUCAAGAUGGCGAAGGAGGAUCUGCUUUUCGGGGGGAGGAUCACAGCUGAUCUUCUGACCACUGGACAUUUUGAAACCCGCUACGUCUCCGAGAUCGAAAAAGACAAAGAAGGGAUCAAAACAGCCCAUCAGAUCCUGAGUAAGCUGGGGCUGGAGCCCUCUCAUGAGGAUUGUGUGGCCACACAUAGGAUCUGCCAGAUAGUUUCUUCUCGAUCUGCCAACCUAUGUGCCGCCACGCUUGCUGCUGUCCUGAGACGCAUCAAAGAGAACAAAGGAGCGGAACGCUUGAGGUCAACGGUUGGAGUAGAUGGCUCGGUCUACAAGAAUCACCCACACUUUGCACGGCUUCUUCAGAAGACUGUCCGCAGACUGGUGCCUGACUGUGAUGUCCGAUUCAUCCGAUCAGAGGACGGCAGUGGUAAAGGAGCUGCCAUGGUGACCGCUGUAGCUCACCGCUUGGCGAACCAGCGUCACGAACGGGAGAAGACACUUGAAGCCCUCAAGCUUAACACCGAGCAGCUUCUAGAGAUUAAGAGGAUCAUGAGAGUUGAGAUGGAGAGGGGCCUGAAAAAAUCUUCUCAUGAAGAAGCCACAGUCAAGAUGCUACCGACAUACGUGAGAUCAACUCCUGAUGGCACAGAGAGAGGAGACUUCCUGGCUUUGGAUCUCGGGGGCACAAAUUUCCGCGUUCUGCUGGUGCGUGUUCGGAGUGGUAUGAGACGUGGGGUGGAAAUGCACAACAAGAUCUACACCAUCCCUCAGGAUGCCAUGAUAGGAACCGGAGAGGAGCUGUUCGACCACAUAGUUCACUGCAUUGCUGAUUUCCUGGAGUACAUGGGCAUGAAAGGAGUCUCUCUGCCCCUUGGGUUCACUUUUUCCUUCCCGUGCCACCAGAACAGACUGGAUGAGGGCAUUCUCCUGAAGUGGACCAAAGGGUUCAGAGCAUCUGGAUGUGAAGGAGAAGAUGUUGUAAAUCUCCUGAAAGAAGCCAUCCACAGGCGAGAGGAGUUUGACCUGGAUGUAGUGGCCGUUGUGAACGAUACCGUGGGGACUAUGAUGACUUGUGGCUACGAAGACCCACAUUGUGAAAUGGGACUGAUUGUCGGUACCGGCAGCAAUGCUUGUUACAUGGAAGAGAUGAGAAACGUGGAGCUGGUAGAAGGGGAGGAAGGCAGAAUGUGCGUCAAUAUGGAGUGGGGAGCCUUUGGUGACAAUGACUGUAUGGAAGAUUUCCGAACAGAGUUUGACAGAGCGGUGGAUGAACUGUCUCUGAAUCCUGGCAAGCAGAGGUAUGAGAAGAUGAUCAGCGGGAUGUACCUGGGGGAGAUUGUAAGGAACAUCCUGAUAGACUUUACUAAACGGGGGCUCCUGUUCCGUGGAAAGAUAUCCGAGAGGCUGAAGACCAGGGGCAUUUUUGAAACCAAGUUUUUGUCUCAGAUCGAGAGUGAUCGCUUGGCAUUGCUUCAGGUGCGCUCCAUCCUUCAGCACCUUGGUUUGAACAGCACAUGUGAUGACAGUAUCAUUGUCAAGGAAGUGUGUACGGUGGUGGCAAGAAGGGCGGCUCAGCUUUGUGGUGCUGGAGUAGCUGCUGUUGUCGACAAGAUCAGAGAAAACCGAGGGUUGGAUUCCCUAAAAGUCACUGUUGGUGUGGAUGGGACCCUAUAUAAACUUCACCCUCAUUUCUCUACCAUCAUGCACGAAACCGUGAAGGAGCUUUCUCCAAAGUGUCAAGUUACGUUUCUCCAGUCUGAAGAUGGAAGUGGAAAGGGAGCCGCCCUCAUCACCGCCGUGGCGUGCAGGAUUCGAGAAGCGGGCCAACGUUAAGGGACAGGAGCCAAAAGAUUUAUUUUUAUUGAGCGAAUUCCUAUAUAAAGACUCAAUACGGCUCCUUACAUUCUUAACCAUCUCCAAUCCAUGGACCUGGUUGGACUCCCUGGAUGUGCUUCUGGUGUUCAUAGAUUUGCCUACACUCAUACCAGGGAAAUGUAAAUAGGUCGAUGUAUUUUAUUUUUCUAGUAAAGAUAUAUACGGAAAAAAGACUGACAUAAAACCAAGCCUCCGAUAUUCUAGAAGAGUCCUGGAUAUCUAGCCAAAUCAUCUUUUGCCGAGCUUCCAAACACUUUAUUGUUAUCGUGUGUACAGGCCAGAUGUGUAUUCUUUAAAGGGGUACUCCACUGCAAAUCAUUUUCUUUUAAAUCAACUGGUGUCAGAAAGUUAAACAGGUUUGUAAAUGACUUCUAUUAAAAAAAUCGUAAUUCU